CCACAAGCCCGGCCCCCUCACUCACCCCCUCUUGGGGGGGGGGGCUGUGGGGAGGAAACCCAGCGAGGGAGAAGGUGCUGAAGUGCCGGUGACCCACCGGCAGAGCAAGCGGGAGCAAGGCAGCCCUUCGCCGCCGAGGGGAGGAGCUGCAGGAGCGGCGGCAGGAGGCGCGGCGGCGGCGGCCAGAGCGUGCGUCUGAGGCGGCGCUGGGACCCGGCCGGAGAACAAGGCGCGUGAGGCCUGCCCGGCCCUCCCGAGUCGCCCCGCUCCGACAGGCCGCCAGCGAAGGGAGGCCGGGCCGGGGGCGGCGGCCACAGGGGGGCCGCUCGCUCUUCCUUUUUCUCCUCCUGCGGGCUGGGCGCCGCCGAGGCCUGGGCUCGGCCAGCUGCUGCCGGCUUCGCUCGGGGGCUCCCGGCGGUGCGGUGCGGGGCGGCGGCAGCACCAGCAGCCAGAGCCAUGGCGGCGGCGGAGACCAAGAUCAUCUACCACCUCGACGACCAGGAGACGCCGUACCUGGUGAAGCUGCCCAUCCCGGCCGAGCGGGUCACGCUGGGCGACUUCAAGGCCCUCCUCAACCGGCCCAACUACAAGUUCUACUUCAAGUCGAUGGACGACGAUUUCGGGGUUGUGAAGGAAGAAAUCUCUGAUGACAAUGCAAAACUUCCCUGUUUCAAUGGCCGUGUGGUGUCUUGGCUGGUGUCUGCUGAGGGGUCUCAUUCGGACGCUGGGUCAGUCUGUGCUGACAAUCAGCCAGAGCUGCCACCCUCCAUUGAGCGUACUGGAGGUAUCGGGGACUCCAGGCCUCCGUCUUUUCACCCCAACACUGGUGGAAGUCGGGAGAACCUGGACAAUGAGACAGAGACUGACUCAGUGGUCUCAAUACAGAGAGAACGGCCACGCAGGAAGGAUGGGCCUGAGCAUGCGCCCAGGGUGAAUGGGACAGCCAAGGGGGAACGGCGGCGAGACCUAGGUGGCUAUGAGAGCUCCUCUACCCUCAUGAGUAGUGAACUGGAGACGACCAGCUUCUUUGAUUCCGAUGAGGAUGAUUCCACCAGCAGGUUCAGCAGCUCAACCGAGCAGAGCAGCGCUUCCCGCCUGAUGAGAAGGCACAAGCGGCGUCGGCGGAAACAAAAGACACCACGGAUUGAGAGGUCUUCGUCCUUCAGCAGCAUCACAGAUUCCACCAUGUCAUUGAACAUAAUCACCGUCACUCUCAACAUGGAGAAGUACAACUUCCUUGGCAUCUCCAUUGUUGGGCAGAGCAACGAGCGUGGUGAUGGUGGCAUCUACAUUGGCUCCAUCAUGAAGGGUGGUGCUGUGGCCGCUGAUGGAAGAAUUGAACCAGGAGACAUGUUGCUGCAGGUGAAUGAUAUCAACUUUGAGAACAUGAGCAAUGAUGAUGCUGUGCGAGUACUGAGGGAGAUUGUGCACAAACCAGGGCCCAUCACGCUGACUGUUGCCAAGUGUUGGGAUCCCAGCCCCAGGGGCUGCUUCUCGCUACCCAGGAUUGCUCCCCAGCGGAUCUGGGCUGGGCCAGACUCUCCAUGCUCCGAUCCGGGUGAGCCCAUCCGACCCAUUGACCCAGCAGCCUGGGUUUCCCACACUGCGGCGAUGACCGGCACCUACCCAGCGUACGGUAUGAGCCCAUCCAUGAGCACAAUCACUUCCACCAGCUCCUCCAUCACCAGCUCCAUCCCAGAAACCGAACGCCUCGAUGACUUUCACCUGUCCAUCCACAGCGACAUGGCCACUAUAGUCAAAGCCAUGGCCUCCCCAGAGUCGGGCCUGGAGGUGCGUGACCGCAUGUGGCUGAAGAUCACCAUCCCCAACGCUUUCAUUGGAUCAGAUGUAGUGGAUUGGCUUUACCAUCAUGUGGAAGGCUUCACGGACCGCCGAGAAUCCCGCAAGUACGCCAGCAAUCUACUGAAGGCCGGUUACAUCCGACACACCGUCAACAAGAUCACCUUCUCGGAGCAGUGCUACUAUAUUUUUGGCGACCUCUGUGGCAACAUGGCCAACUUGUCUUUGCACGACCACGACGGGUCCAGUGGUGCCUCUGAUCAGGACACGUUAGCUCCGUUACCCCACCCAGGAGCUGCCCCGUGGCCCAUGGCCUUUCCGUACCAGUACCCUCCACCUCACCCAUACAACCCCCAUCCAGGAUUUCCUGAUCCAGGCUACAGCUACGGAGGGGGUAGUGCUGGCAGCCAGCACAGCGAAGGAAGUCGGAGCAGUGGCUCAAACCGCAGCGGCAGCGAGAGGAGGAAGGAGCGGGAGCCCAAGGCUGGGGAGUCCAAGUCGGGCGGCAGUGGCAGCGAGUCGGACCACACCAGCCGCAGCAGCAUGCGGCGGGAGCGCGCCGCCAGCGAGCGUUCGGUGCCGGCCAGCCAACGCAGCCACCACUCGCUGGCCCACAGCAUCCGCAGCCACCACAGCCAGCAGUCGUAUGGGCCGCCAGGCCUCCCGCCUCUCUACAGCCCUCCCAUGCUCCUGAUGCCUCCGCCACCUUCCGCCAUGGGACCCCCGGGGGCCCCCCCUGGCCGAGACCUGGCCUCUGUGCCACCUGAACUGACGGCCAGUAGACAGUCAUUCCGAAUGGCCAUGGGCAACCCCAGUGAGUUCUUUGUGGAUGUAAUGUGAACCGCCGUCCCUCCCUCCGCCCUUGCCUGUCUGCUGCCCUCCGUCGGUUUGCCUCCUAGGAACGGUCCAGCCUUAUUCUGUGCGGGAUUUUUUUUUUUUUUUGCCUUGAUAACUACGAAAAGGGAAAACCAAUAAACGGAACUUAACCUUUUGAUUCUAAUCCCUGCCUGCGAGUGGGCCCGGCAGCCUCUCCCCACCACCCCUGGACAUGACUGCAGAGGCAAGUCUCCCUGCUUGUGCCAACCCCCUAACCCUCUCUCUAACCGAUUAAUCUGCAUCUGCCUGGGGCCUCUGCUGCUCGCCUGUGUUUUCCGUGUCCGCUCACGUCUCCUGCCCUAAACACGUGCCCUCUUUCUUCUCGCCCCUUUUUGUGUUCCUUUCUGUCGAGCAGCCAAGAAUUACGGGGUGUUUGACUUCCUUUGAGCGGGCCGCCCACGGCGGGGAGAGCAGCAGCAGCGCGCUGUGGUGGUGGUCUGGCUCUCCCUGGCAGAGGAAGACGCAGAGCCCUACGGGCAGCCUCUUGGGCCCGUGUGGGGGCUGAAGAUGGCUUCUUUCCCUACAGGUGGAAGAUGCCCCACCUUUAUCCAUAACCCCCGGAGGGGAGCAGGGCUACGGUCCAGCUGUGUCCGUCUUCAGGCUGAUACAUGUAGCAAUUCGCUGGCCACUGGUAUGAGGCUGUGAGGUGAAGAUGAGCCCCCACCUUUACUCUCUAGUGCAGUGCCUCUCGAACUGUGACGAGGUACAGAAAGCUGCCGGGGAGGCUCACGCUCCUCUUUGAUUCUUGGCCACCCCAGAUCUGGACUGGGGCCAAAAGUGAGUGCGCCAGCCCUUGUUUCUGUUGGCAGGAGGGCAGUGAGCAUAUGGUGCCACUUCCUGAAGGUAGCAAAGGUACAGUGGCUGUCCCCUCCUCAUCCUCCUGCUCCUGGAAAGGGCUUCCUAAUAAUAAUCUGUAUUGCCCCAGGGUAAAUACAAAGGAUCUCCCGCUCUCCAAGGCAGAGUUUUUCUACACCACUGCUGGUAAUUAAUUGCCAACUUGCUGUCCCUCUUCUUUUCACAUCUAUGUAUGUCAAAGUUUAUAAACUUCUGCCUCUUUAGUUCCAGACUAUAAAACCCAAGCACUAUAUGCAUGGGUGCUUCCUCAUCCCCUUCAUCUUCUCGUCAUAACUUUUAACUCUGAGUGAGUGAGUGAGUGAGUGAGUGAAGAACAAUUAUGCCCGAAUUACCUAAUAAUGUCUGUGGCAUAUAGAUGUUGGUGCAGUGCCUUCUUCCAGGUGGUUGAGUACCUUUUGGAAGAGUACACUGUGUUCCUUGCGUUCUGGGUUGAUUCAAGGAACCUUGGAAGAGCUGCAAAGUCAGUUUCUAGGCCUCCAUGGCUGUGGAGAUAAGCUGGAAAGAUGAUUGCUUAGUGGUGGAGCCCUGCUUUCUGUGCAGAAGGUCCCAGGUGGGAUGCCUGGCUUUUGCACGUAGACUGGGAAAGACUCCUGCCUGAAACUUUGGGGAGCUGUUGACAAGUCAUUGCAGACAACAGUGAUCUAGAUGACCCAAGAACCCGAGGCAGUAGAAGGCAGCUUCAGAAGUUUCUGUGACAUUAGCCCUAUCCACAUGUGAUGUUCAGCACAGGUACAAUGAGUGUACAGAGGUACAGGUCUAUACACAGGUACAGUUACUCACAUGUUUUGUUGAAACCAGGUACAGCAGUGCACUUCCUUUCUGUACUAUGCAUUUGAGCGGCCUGUGCCGGGGUUCACUUCUAAAAGAAACACAGGUACAGUAAUUCACACAAAAACAUGUGCAAAUGUACAGGCAUCUGUACACUCAUACAAUAUGAUGUCUGAAUAGGGCUAGAAUAUAAGGACACUCAACAAAGUGUCCUUAUAUUAUAAAGGAAGACUUUCCUGCCUUGGUUUUCAUGAGGUCAGAGAGACCUCCAAAAUAUUCCCUACACCAUGAGUAGGAGCAACAGAAUAAAUGAAGCAAGAUAAGGGAAAUCAUCCAAAUGGUUGGCUUAAUGUACGUCCUUUGUAAGGUUGCGGAAUUAACCCUCUUGCAGCACCAAGCUCCAGUGAUGCCUGUUCGUUUACACAGUCCUGCUCACUACCAAGCUUGCACACAGUCAAGAGGUGUACUCCAUUCCUUGUCAUGCAAAAUUGCCAGUUCUGUAACUUGUCGGAUGUUCAUUUAAUGGAGGAAUGGCCAUCUGUUUCCUUCCCUCUCCCUCUCUCCUCCGAUAUCUUCUAAAGCAAGCUGUGACUCAUGCAAUCUUUCCCUCUUUCCUUUUGAUUUGGUUGCCUGUCAGCUGAGGACAAAUGGGGGAAUGGCCAGGGUGGUCCUCCAGUAACUACUUCCAGGGAGCCCUGUUAAGAUCAGGUUUAUCCAGAAGAUGUUCACAUUAGGCUGGAGCCAAACUCCAGGUCAGACCAGCACACAGCAUAGCAGCCAUCCUGUCAAAUGGCUGCUGGGUGGGUGUUCCUUAACUAUGUCUUUUAUGAUUUGGGUUCUCACUCCUGCUGUCCCCAAACUCUUAAUGAACCCCAAUGUACCAAAGGGAAAGGGUGAGCAGAGUGUGUAGAGAAAUUUCUGCUCAGAUGCACGUGUGUGGGUUCUCGUUCUCUCUCAUUCCCUCUCUCCUCUUCUGCUCUUCUCAUCUGUUACUUUAUUCUGGCUCCCCACAUCCCCACCUUGUUUUUCUCUGUGAAUGAAAGAGCAGCCAGAGUUUGGACUCUGAGAUCAGCAGCUCUGGGGCAGUACUGCUCUGCUGAAAGUACUUGUUUCCAUGGGGACAUUGUACUUGCCUAGAAUGGAGGUGGUUCUCUGGAAAUCUGCAUUGCUGUAAUCAUGCCACGGUGUGUAGACUGGCAUCAAACAUGAAGCCUUGUAAUUUAUCAGACUGCUGAGAAUGUUUAGUUCUCCAAACAUUUCCAGCCAUUAGGCUUGCAGGGUGGGGGUGGGGAUUGGCCAUGCUUGCGAAGUCAUUGAAAACACUUGAGGGAGGUUUCCCUGCGGGCCAGGACCAUCUUCCCUCUCUCUCUCCCUCUCCCAGCCUGUGCCCUCUUUAGUCGCUCAUACACAUAGAUAGGAAAUGGUGCAAUUAUGCAGUAUUGCAAAGCACGUAUACAUGCACACACGUAUGAUCUUGCCAUCUGUGACCACAUGCAGCAUUACAUUUCCCAUACAGAAGUGACUUCAUAUAGGAAUAUCGGCUUGCGUGAGGCAGUCCCUGUUGUUGCAGCAUUGGGGGGCUGUUCAGCGAUGAAUUUCCCACCUCUUGACUGUAGCACCCUGACCCAGUCCCAGCAUGAACAACAUUUGCCACAUUCUUUCUCGGAAUAGUUAAACAUCCCAGGUUUUUGCACUCCCUGGCAAGGAGUUGGUCAGGGCCAAUGGCCUCUCCCAGCUGAACAAGGGCUGUGCAGGAGAUAUUAGACGGUACUCUCCCUCCUGCCUUUGAUCAGACUCUGUCCUGCUGCCCUGGCGUGGGCACUCUGCCAUGCUGCAGUUGCUCUCUGUACCAGUGUCAGCUGCCAUGUUUGGAGGCUCUUGUGCUUGUGGGUUUUGUUCUGAAGAGACUGAAGUGUAUCUUCCUUCCCACUUCCAGCCCAGCAUCCCACUUGCUUUCCCUGUUUGCCAGUCCUCUUAUCCCAGUGGUGCUAUCACUUCUCAUACUCCUAAAUUGCUACCCUGCCAUGGUCUGCUGCCUUGUCUGCUCUCUUGAACUGUCACAUCUGCCAGCUGGCCCUGCUCCUUUCUGGCAUUAGCCUUUCUUUCAGGCUGCUCCUCAGAAGCUCAGUAUCUCAUUGUCAGUCCCUUCCACGGCCUCCUGGUGCUAUUUCACCAUCUUGCCUCCUCUCCUAUUCUCGUGUGUCCCUUUCCUGUCCUUCCAGUGUGAUGGUGGCAUCUUGUUUUUCUUCCUGUUCUCCUUCCACUUUGGUGCUAUCUUCUCUUAUCAUACAUAUUCUCCUCUCCCUCUCCCCACACCCUUUGAGGUUUUUAUAUACAUUGAAACCAUCCUACUUGUUUUUAUUUAUAAAAUAGUUUUAUUAGACUCCA